UUCUUUCAGGAGGAAAAUGAGAUCCCUGCCAGUGUUUUUGCAAAAGAGCCCAUUCCUAGCAUUACAGAGGGAAAAGAGGAGCCCACGGAUGAGAACAAAGCACUGGAAGAAACAAUGCACACAGUGGAAUUGGGCUCAGAUGAUGAAACGUUUCAUGAGGAAGAUGACUUGGAUGACAGUGCAGAGGAGAAAACAGAAGAAUCGAGAGCUGAGAAACUCAAAAGAUCCAGCCUCAAGAAGGUGGACAGCCUCAAGAAAGCAUUUUCCCGACAAAACAUCGAGAAGAAGAUGAACAAGAUCAGCACAAAGAUUGUGUCCCCUGAGCGGAGAGAAAAGAUCAAGAAAUCCCUCACCGUGCAUCACCAGAAAUCCUCCUCYUCGAAGGGCUCGGCGUUCAAAGUGUCUCCACUCACCUUUGGGGCCAAGAAGGGCCGCGAUGGAGAGAGCCCCGCCGAAACCGAGGACAGACCGUCAGAAACGGCGAGCACCGAGCAGGCAGACAACGAGGAUGAGAUGUCCUUCGCUGACAUGCACUCGGAUAUGACACCCAGCACCUCCCUGGCCGAGGAGGGCAAAGCAGCCGUGGAUUCGCUGGAGAAGGAGGCCAGAGUGGAAGGCAAGGCCRUGGUGAACAACAACAUCGAGCUGUCCAUCGUGGAAGACGACGAAGAGUACGGGGUGCCUCUGGAAGCUCCCAGCCAGAAACUGUACGACGAGAGAAGCCACCCAGUUGGCGGGGAGAUGGAACAAUCRGACGAAGAGACGACCCAAGCAGCCGUCCUGCAGGUGGACCAAACGGCGUAGGCGCCGCCAGCGCGGCUCCUCCUGCCCGACACGCGCGGUUCUGCUCGGGGAGGAACUGAGCUGCUGUCAGCUGCACGGGCAGGAGCAGCCGCUUCGCCCCUUCCAUCCUUUGCUCUGCAGUGAUAAUUUAUUGCCUCGUGUUGGAGCGCAGAGUGGRCAGGGGCAGUGACAAGUUUAACGCCGAGGCACUGGUGAUGGUGAAUUUCGGGAUGCCGCCAGCUGGGGUAGGAGAGGAGCAGGAAGAGAGGGUGCCUGGCAGGAGCGAGCUGCUCAGCUGGCUUUCUUAGGGUUAGGAAUGUGUGGGGAGUAGUCAAGACCCAGGCAUUUCUGUUCUCUCUUCUCCUUCCCCCAGUAUUUCCCAGCCCUGUGAGUAGCUUUGUAUGUAAAUGUAGGAAUGCCAAUGAGAACAUUUGAUUUCAUUGCCUCGCUGUGCUCCGUGAAUACUAACAGCCUCAGUAACUGUGCACACACCUAUAUCUGUUUGGGGUUUUGCUCCACGGCACUGUAGGRCUAAAAGAGCAGAGUACUUAGGGGGCAAAGCUGAAAACUCAGUUCCAUCCAUUUCAGUGGGGGAAAGAUUUUUGCCACUAGUCACUCGCUAUUCAUUUAGAAGAAAUGACAUUGUUUAGGUGGGGGAAACAAAAAAAAAAAGAGUUUUUCAAUCUAACAGCGUUAUGGAAAUACAUUAAUGACAAGCAUGAAUGUGUGAUCAGUUACUGCACCUUUAAGGGUUCAGAAAYCAAAAAGAAAAAAAUAGGUGUUUGAUAGGAACAUGAAGGUUGCCUGRAGAAAAUAUGAAAUGCUAUGAAACGUAAAUAAAAAAAGAAAAAAUAACCCCCCACAAUAUUCAGUCUAUACUCUCAGCUAAAAUUAUAUAUACUCAGAUAACACUAAUUAAUUCUUAGUCUUUAGAGCAGUAUACUAUCAAACUUUGCACCURCACAACUUUGUAUCUCAGAGUAUUUUGAAAAUAGCAUAAUUUAUCUUUUUACAAAUUAUUUCAUAUAUAGAGCUAUAUCUACACAGGAGAGUUAGAGUAUUACAGGGAUGUAAGGACAAUUUCUUCAAAAAGGUGAAAYACUCUUUCAGGCGUGUCCAAAGGGAACAACGUGUUACAGAUUUAACUUCAUGGCAGGGAUGAGUUUAUGCAAGUAUGASUCUGCAAAGCCACAGGAUUUGGUUCUCUGCUGAUAAUUUGAUCAGAGUCACCUGCCUGCUCUCAAAAUUACUAGUUUGUAAUUUUUCAAAAUUAAUUGAAAAUGAGAGGUUACAAGGUAGUUUGUUCACUAUGAAUGUUCAUUCCUGUCACUUAACAAGGGUAAGGGGGAAGGAAGGAAAGGGAAGCACAAUACCCACAACAGUUACCUUACAUCCUUGGUUGCUUAUGCAGUGGGUUAUUUUUAUUUUUUUAAUAUAUAUAAAAAUUCUACUGAUACUUAACAUUGCACUAAAAGGUUGCUUCCUUUUGUGUUUAGAAUCACAAAUUACAGGGGAAAUAAAAGUUGCAGCAGAAGUACCAUUACAAAAUAAUUAACAGGUAUUACUCCCCAGGGAUAAUAUCUGUAACCAGUAAAUCACACUGGAAGUUAGUUAGUCAGAGCUUAGURUAGGCAAGUACUAUUAAGAGUUAAGCUCUUAAGUGCAUGGUAUCAUAUAGAAGAUACUGUUUCUAAGAAAAAUCAUGCCAUAACUCGUGCAGCUAUAUUUUUAUUUUGUAUUAACUACAAUGGAUUUCAGUAAUUUUUACUUGUAACUAACUAUGAAWAUGACAAAUAAAAGCAUAAUAUAAAACA